GACCUCGAAGGACGAUAGAGGUCGAAGAGGGCACUUCCUCCUCUCCUUCCUCACGGCGCCACCACCUCGUCUUCUCUCCCAUCUUUCCGCGCCUUCGGCAUUAAUCCUUCCUCUUAACCACGGUGGCAAGAGCACUGCAACGUCGUCUGCCCGCAAUAAGAUAAUCGUCCGCAGCCAUCCGCCCGCUACGCUUCGAGAAAAUUGACUUAUAACGACUCCGUUGAUACACGAUCGUGGUAAAAGGUCCGAACAAGGAUCGUCCACACCACGAAGGAUGCAACGUCACAUCUCGUUCCUCGUUGGGAUCAUCUUGCUGUGUUGCCUUCAAGAUUUAGCGAUAGGCGCUUGCCCACGAAUAUGUCCGCCAAGCGGAGAGCCAGUAUGCGGUAGCGACGGAGUGAUCUACGCGUCUCAGUGUGAAAUGCGGAAGAAGAUGUGUGGAAAAGGCGUGACUAUUGCCACGGAGAAGACCGCUUGUCUAAGAUCGUCUGGAAGUAAGUGCGAGCAUCGAUGCCCUGGCGAUCAGGAUCCCGUAUGUGGAACCGACGGCCGUACCUAUUUGAACAAGUGUAUGCUCAGAGUGGAGAUCUGCAGAGUCGGUAUCGAAUUGUCGCAUCUGGGCCCUUGCAACAACAUCUCGGCGCACAGGGAAAACUGUCCUGUCUCAUGCGAUUUUGCACCGCUCGACGGGCCCAUCUGCGGAAGCGACGGCAACGUUUACAAAUCCACGUGUCAAAUGAAGUUACUCACCUGCGGACAAGGCGUCGUGCGUACGAACAAGAAGCAUUGUCAGACCACGAGGCAUUGUCGUGAAUCGUGUUGGCGCGGUGCCAAGCCAGCCUGCGGUAGCGAUGGAAUCCUUUAUUCGAAUACCUGUAAAAUGCGAGCAAAGAAUUGCGGCAAACACGUGUUCGAGGUGCCGAUGUCAUAUUGCGUGUCGCUCGAGCGGACAUCUGGUGGCCAAACCAACGCUUGUCCCUUGGAUUGCAAAAACGAGCCAGAAGUGCCAACCUGUGGAUCAGACGGGAGUAUAUAUAGGAACGAAUGUGAGAUGCAAAUGCUUAAUUGCGGGCAAGCAAGAAGAAAAGUGACAGUAGUAGAUUUUGAAAAAUGUAAAAACCGUUUGACUAAGUGCACGAAACAGCAGCAAAGAUGCGGAAACGAUGUGGAUCCAGUUUGCGGAAGCGACGCGAACACGUAUCCGAAUCAAUGUCAUUUAAACGUGGCAGUAUGCUUGAAGGGCAUUCAAUUGGCUCACGUUGGAGAAUGUACGACCUUGAAGGAAACCGAACAGUGCCCCGAAGAUUGCAGCGAGGUACCCGAGGAACCAGUUUGUGGAAGCGAUGGCAACGUUUAUCGAUCUCUUUGCCAUCUACGACGGGAGACAUGUGGUCAGAGGGUGGUUCAAGUGCCAGCACAACAUUGUCGUACUACCGCGCUUUGCAAUCAGAUCUGUAGCGGAGAACGUCAAUUUGUUUGUGGUUCCGACAACAAACUUUAUCGUAAUGAAUGUGAGAUGAAAAGGGACAAUUGUGGGAAACACGUGUAUGUAGUGCCUAUGAAGAGAUGCGUACAAGGCUUCUUAUUCCGUGGUUGUCAAAAAAUUUGCCCACCCUAUUAUGACCCUGUUUGCGGUACCGAUGGUAUGACCUACAGCAAUGAAUGUUUUCUGGAAAUCGAAAACUGUCGCAGUCGAAGUAUAGUCACGAAGAAGUAUCAUGGCGUGUGCGGUCAACCAACUGAAGAACCUAAGAAUUAUUUAUAUUAGUUUCGUGAAAUUCGAUCUAUUUACAUUUUUGUUGUCUCCUUUUCUAUCUCUUUUUCUCUCUAAAAAAAUAUUUUCUUAAAAAUGAUCGAUAUUAUUUUAUAUAAUC